AUGGUGGUUUUCAGAAAGGGUGAUCAUGUGUGGCUGGACACUCAACCAGACAGUGAAUUUAAUGUCCCCAUUGGGGCAGUUGUGAAGGAAUCUGACUCAGGACGGAUCUUGCUGGAGGAUGAUGAAGGCAAGGAGCACUGGAUCACGGCUCGGAAUAUGCACAUGGUGCACCUGAUGCACCCCUCCUCUGUGCAGGGGGUGGAGGACAUGAUCCGCCUCGGGGAUCUCCAUGAAGCUGGCAUGGUGCACAACCUCCUCAUCCGACACCAGGAGCACAAAAUCUACACUUACACAGGAUCAAUCCUUGUAGCAGUGAAUCCAUACCAGCUGCUGCCCCUCUACACAGUGGAUCAGAUCAGACUCUACUGUAACAAGAGGAUUGGAGAGCUUCCACCUCAUGUCUUUGCCAUUGCAGAUAACUGUUACUUCAACAUGAAGAGGAAUAAGAGAGACCAGUGCUGUGUCAUCAGUGGAGAAUCUGGAGCUGGUAAAACUGAAAGUACAAAGCUAAUACUUCAGUUUCUGGCAGCUGUCAGUGGCCAGCAUUCCUGGAUAGAGCAGCAAGUCCUAGAGGCCAACCCCAUUCUGGAAGCUUUUGGAAAUGCCAAGACAAUUCGAAAUGACAAUUCAAGCCGCUUUGGGAAAUACAUUGAUAUUCACUUCAACCAGAGUGGUGUGAUAGAAGGAGCCCGCAUAGAGCAGUUCCUCCUGGAGAAGUCCCGGGUCUGCCGGCAGGCUCCAGAGGAGAGGAACUAUCACAUCUUCUACUGCAUGCUAAUGGGGAUGAAUACAGAACAGAAAAAGAUGCUGAAUCUGGGCACUGCUUCAGAGUACACUUAUCUCACUAUGGGUAACUGCACGUCCUGCGACAGCCGGAACGAUGCCAAGGACUAUGCCCACAUCCGCUCGGCGAUGAAGAUCCUCAUGUUCUCAGACUCUGAGCACUGGGACAUCAGCAAGCUGCUGGCUGCCAUCCUGCACCUGGGGAAUGUAGAGUUCCAAGCGGCCGUGUACGACAACCUGGACUGCUCUGAUGUGAUAGACUCCCCACACUUCUCCAUCGCCACCAAGCUGCUCGAGGUGGACUCUAGUGAACUCCAGAACAGCCUCACAAACCUGUCCAUCAUUGUCCGAGGAGAAAGUGUGUCCAGGCCUCUGAAUGUGGCUCAAGCUGCCAAUGGGAAGGAUGCCUUUGUGAAGGGUAUAUAUGGACGGAUUUUCUUGUGGAUCGUGAACAAAAUCAACUCAGCCAUUUUCAACCCAUCUUCUCAGAAGCCUAAAGACAGACAUCAAUCCAUUGGACUGCUGGACAUUUUUGGGUUUGAAAACUUCAGCAACAACAGCUUUGAGCAGCUUUGCAUCAACAUUGCCAAUGAGCACCUUCAGCAGUUCUUUGUGCACCAUGUCUUCAAGCUGGAGCAAGAGGAAUACCUUGCAGAGCACAUUACCUGGAACAAUAUUGACUUCACUGACAACCACCAGGCUCUGGAAGUCAUUGCACUCAAGCCCAUGAAUAUCAUCUCCCUCAUUGAUGAAGAGAGCAGGUUCCCAAAGGGCACAGAUGCCACCAUGCUUGUCAAAAUCAAUUCCCUCCAUGGUAAAAGUAAUGUCUACAUCCCACCUAAAAGUGUUCAUGAUACCAAGUUUGGCAUCAACCACUUUGCUGGGGUUGUCUUUUAUGAAUCAAAAGAUUUCUUGGAGAAAAAUCGUGACACACUGAGUGCUAAUGUAAUGCAAGUGGUCCAUUCCUCCAAAAACAAAUUCCUGAGAGAGAUUUUCCAGGUGGAAACAACCCCACCUAUUCUGGGACGUGGGACCAUUCGGCAUCUUGGAUCUGACCAGGUCUACAAGUGUGGCUUUCUGCUGUCCAGAACACCUGGCUACGGACAGGGCUUGGAUACCACCAAGCGCCUCUCGACACUGGGAGGACAGUUCAAGCAAUCCCUGGAAAAGCUCAUGAAGAUCCUGGAGCAGUGCCAGCCAUACUUCAUCCGCUGCAUCAAGCCAAAUGACUACAAGAAACCACUGCUGUUUGACCGGGAGUUGUGCAUCAAGCAGCUGCGCUACUCGGGGAUGAUGGAGACCAUCCAGAUCAGGAAGGCCGGGUACCCCAUCCGCUACAGCUUUGAGGAGUUCUUUGAGAGAUACAGAUUUCUUCUGCCAUGGUCUCAGCGACAAAAGCUGAAGAAUGAUGCUCGACAGAGCUGCAUCAGCAUCUCCCAAGCAGUGCUGGGCAAGGAUGAAAGCUGGCAAGUUGGAAGGACCAAGAUUUUCCUUAAAGAUCAUCAUGACACUGUAUUGGAGCUGCAACUCCAAAAUGUACUCACAGAUAAGGUUCUUCUUAUCCAGAAGGUGAUGAGAGGACUGAAGGACAGGAAGCAGUUCCUGAAACAGAGGAGGUCUGCUGUAGCCAUUCAGUCAGCCUGGAGAGGCUACUGCUGCCGGAAGGAGUUCAGAAUGGCGCUGCUGGGCUUCGGGCGGCUGCAGGCGCUGUACCGGGGCCGGCAGCUGGCCCAGCGCUACGAGGCCACGCGCGCACGGAUCGUGGCGUUCCAGGCGCGGUGCCGCGGGUUCCUGCUGCGCCAGAGCCUGGCACAGCAGCACAGAGCUGCACGCGUCAUACAGGCCCAUGCCAGGGGCAUGCUCGCUCGCCACACCUUCCAGAGGAUGAAGAGGGAGGAGCACCUGCCAACUCAGGAGAGAGAGGAGGCAGAAGCAAGACAAGGGAGGAACGUGCUUGCCAAUAAACCAACAAAUCAUGAUGUUAUCAGCGACCAAGAAAUGGUGGACAAAAUUUUUGGGUUUUUACCUUCUAUGAUUGGAGGCCAAGAAGGACAGGCUCCUCUGGGUUUUGAGGACUUGGAAACAAAGCCUAACAAGCUGGAGGAAGUGGACCUGGACAUGGUUCCCAUGAGUGUGGAGCUAGAAGAGGAAGCACAUGGCUUGGAAGAGUACACCUUCCCCAAGUUUGCAGCUACUUAUUUCCAGGGCUCUUCAACACACACACACAUCCGAAGGCAGCUGCGGCACCCACUGCUCUACCACGAUGACAAGGACAACGUCCUGGCUUCUCUAGCUGUGUGGGUGAUCAUCCUGAGGUUCAUGGGGGACCUGCCAGAGCCAGCAAUGUUUGCCAAGAGUGCCACAACCAAGAGCAGCUCCGUGAUGACACAGAUAUAUGACACACUUGGCAGGAAAAACCAGGUCCAGUUGAAGAAUGACAGCCCAAAUAUGAGAGAAGGCAGAAAGGAUAACAAGAUUUCUAAGGGGAUUUCAUCCCUGAAACUGAAACGGUCAUCCAAGCUGACAGGGAAGGUGACAGAGCAGCUACGAACUGGAGAAGAGGCUUUCCAAGAGGACAUCUCGAUCUCUCAGAGACCUAUGUCCAACCUAGAGAAAGUACACUUCAUUAUUGGCAAUGCAAUUCUGCGUCCUGCCAUCAGAGAUGAGAUUUAUUGCCAGAUUUGCAAACAACUCACAGAAAACAGCAACAGGAGCAGCUAUGCUCGUGGCUGGAUCCUUCUGUCACUUUGCCUUGGCUGCUUUCCUCCUUCAGACACGUUUGUGAAGUACCUGUUGAAUUUCAUCCACCACGGGCCCACGGGCUACGCUCCGUACUGUGCUGAGCGUCUGAGACGCACCUACAGCAACGGGGCCCGCACUGAACCUCCCAGCUGGCUGGAACUUCAGGCAACAAAGCAGAAGAAACCCAUUAUGUUUCAUGUCACCCUGAUGAAUGGCCAAAGCAUCACUGUCCCUGCAGACUCUGCUUCCACUGCCAAAGAGAUCUGUCAGUUCAUAGCAGAUAAAAUCAAACUGAAGGAUAUCUUUGGGUUUUCACUCUACAUUGCUGUGUUUGAUAAGGUGUGGUCGCUGGGCGGGGGCCGGGAGCACGUGCUGGACGCCAUCUCGCAGUGCGAGCAGCUGGUGAAGGAGCGCGGCACGCACGAGCGCCACGCGCCCUGGCGCCUCUACUUCCGCAAGGAGAUCUUCACGCCCUGGCACAGCUCCCGCCAGGAUCCCGUCAGCACCGACCUCAUCUACCACCAGCUCAUCCGGGGCGUUCGCUUUGGAGAGUACCGCUGUGACAAGGAGGAAGAUUUGGUGGAGAUAGGUGCAAAAUAUUGUUAUAUCCAAUUUGGAGAUACCAUCCACAAUGAACUUGUGCAGAAGGUGCUCCAUGACUGUAUUCCAGUAAAGCAGCUGAAGUCCAAACCCCUGGAAAAGUGGGUGAGCCUUGUAACCUAUGCACAUGCUAAGGCCCCAUACACACAGGACCAUCUCUCCUCUCAGACUGUGAAGGAGCAACUUGUAGAUUUUGCUCGCUUUCAGUGGCCUUUGCUCUUUUCCAGAUUCUUUGAAGUCACUAAGUUUUCAGGACCCAGCUUGCCUAAGAACCACUUCAUUAUUGCUAUAAAUUGGAAAGGCAUCUGCUUCUUGGAUGAAUCAGAAAAGCGGCUCCUUGAGCUGACCUAUCCAGAGAUAACUGGCAUCCACACCAACAGGGCAGUGAAGUCAUUUGGACAGAGCUGCACUCUCAUCACGCUUCGUGGCGAGGAGUUUGUUCUGACAUCUGUAAACAGUGUUGUCAUUGCUGAGCUGGUGGUGAUGUUCCUGGAAGGACUGAAGAAAAGAUCACAAUUUGCUGUGGCAAUGCAUGAGAAAAAAUCCCAGGAUGAUCCUGGCAUCCUGUCCUUCAAGAAGGGAGACUUGCUAAUCUUCACCGAAGACAAAAGGCUGGAUGCAGACUCUGGCUGGAUCUGUGCCCAGAAUGAAAGGACAGGCAAAACAGGGAAUGUAUUUUUGGAAGACAUCUACAUCAUUCCUUCCCUCACAAAACCCUCUAGUCAAGUGCUGAGUCUGCUGAUGAUGUCUCCAGACCAGAGGAGGACAGCUUCACAGAACUCCUUCAUGGAGGAACCUGAUGAAGAGGAUAUCAAGGUGAAGCCUUACACCCUGGAAGAGUUCUCCUAUGAACACUUCAGGACUCCUGAGAAGGAAUCCAUCAGCAAAGCUGUUCUCCAGAAAUCCCGUGGGCACAGUCAGCUGUGGGCACAUUCCAAGGAGCCUCUGAAACAGCCAUUGCUGAAGAGAGCAUGCACAGACCCUGAUGUUCGGGAUUUGGCCUGUCAGGCCUUCAUUGCCAUCAUGAAAUUCAUGGGAGACUACCCUUCAAAACAGGCACACUCCUCUGUGGAAGUCACUGACCAGAUAUUUGUGCCAGCUAUCCAGGAGGAGGUCCUGAGGGAUGAGAUUUACUGUCAGAUUAUGAAACAACUGACUGAGAACAGAAACAGGUACAGCGAGACCAAGGGCUGGCAGCUGCUCUGGCUCUGCACUGGCCUCUUCCCACCCAGCAAGUCACUGCUCAAACACGCCCAGAAGUUCAUAGAGACACGCCAGAAAGAAACACUGGCCCCGGGGUGCCGUCGGAGGAUUCAGACAGUAAUGAGGAGUGGCUGCAGGAAGUGGGCACCUCAUCCUGUGGAGGUUGAGGCCAUCUUACAGAACAACACUAAGAUCUCACACAAGAUUUUCUUCCCCAACGAAACAGAACUGACAUUUGAUGUGGGAACAAACACCAAAAUCCAGACUCUGUGUCAGAACAUCGCUUCCAAAUUGCAGCUGCACUCCUGGGAAGGUUUCAGCCUCUUUGUGAAGAUCGCAGACAAGGUGAUCAGUCAGAAUGAAGCAGACUACUUCUUUGACUCACUAAGGCAGGUGACAGACUGGAACAAAAGGAACAGGCCAGGAAAAGAUGGGGCUGCUCUGUCUGUGGCCUAUGAGGUGUACUUCAUGAGAAAGCUGUGGCUGAAUGUCACUCCUGGCAAGGAUGUGAAAGCUGAUACCAUUUUCCAUUACCACCAGGAGCUGCCAAAGUACCUCAGAGGCUACCACAAGUGCUCCAAGGAUGAAGCUGUGCAGCUGGCAGGGCUGAUUUAUAAAGCGCGCUUCAACAACGACCGCACGCAGCUGGCAGCCAUCCCCAAAAUCCUGAAGGAGCUGGUGCCAGACAAUCUGCUCCGAGCAGUGGCACCAGAUGAGUGGAAGAAGAGCAUUAUUGCAGCAUACAGUAAACAUGAAGGAAAAACUGUGGAUGAGGCCAAGAUUGCUUUCUUGAAAAUGAUACACCGGUGGCCAACGUUUGGAUCAGCCUUUUUUGAGGUGAAGCAAGCCUCGGAGCCCAAUUUCCCAGAGAUUGUACUGAUUGCAAUCAACAAGCAAGGAGUGUCACUGAUACAUCAGAAGACAAAGGAUAUUUUAGUAGUCUACCCCUUCAAUAAGAUCUCCAACUGGAGCAGUGGGAGCACAUAUUUUCACAUGACCAUAGGGAACCUGGUACGAGGAAACCGACUCUUAUGUGAGACAUCUCUGGGUUACAAAAUGGAUGACCUGUUAACAUCUUACGUACGCCUGCUCAUGAAUGCUGUAAACAAGCAAAAGAACCUCCCAGCCUGAGAGUGGAAAUAGAGCCCAUGACCUGUAC